UUUGUUUUAUAUUUUUUUUAUAUUCCUAUGCACACAACAAACACCAAAGAUAUUUCUGUUCAAUGGGAAAAAGCGUUAGCACAGUCUUUAGGCCAGCAGAGUGGGAUAAUUCGGAGGAGAGGGAGAAACCCAAGUUGGAGUACCUGGUGACCAACAAGAAGACUCCGCCGCUGGAACUCUACCUCACGGCAUUCGCCUCCGCCUGCAGUGCCGAGAUCGUGGGCUAUCCCUUCGACGUGUGCAAGACGCGAAUGCAGAUCCAGGGCGAGAUUGCUGGCAGGGUGGGUCAGAAGGCGGCGAAGUACCGGGGUCUGCUGGCCACUGCCAUGGGAAUCGUCAGGGAGGAGGGUCUGCUGAAGCUCUACGGUGGCAUAUCCGCCAUGGUGUUCCGCCACUCGCUCUUCAGCGGCAUCAAAAUGCUGACCUACGACUACAUGCGCGAGAAGAUGAUCGUGCCCGACGUGGAUGGCAGGCCGCAGCUAUCCUUUCUGGGCUCCUGCAUCGGUGGCGUUGUGGCCGGUGGAACUGCCAGCGUGCUCACCAAUCCCACCGAGCUGAUUAAGAUCCAGAUGCAGAUGGAGGGCCAGCGGCGUCUGCGUGGCGAGCCCCCACGCAUCCACAAUGUGCUCCAGGCCCUGACUUCCAUUUACAGAACAGGUGGUGUGGCGGGGCUCUGGAAGGGAACUGUUCCGAACACGUGGCGCUCGGCACUCGUCACCAUAGGGGACGUCAGCUGCUAUGACUUGUGCAAGCGGCUGCUGAUUGCCGAGUUCGAUCUGGCGGAUAACCGAGAAGUCCAGUUCAUAGCCGCAAUGACCGCCGGCGUUGCGGAUGCCAUUCUGAGUUUACCCGCGGACGUGGUCAAGUCGCGGAUCAUGAAUCAGCCAACUGAUGAGCAGGGACGCUUGAAACCGAAUGCCUUAGUAAAUAUAUAAGAAAGAAGCUUUUGUUUGAGUGAUUGAAUGGCGACCAGUGUUACGAUACCUUCUAGCCAGUCAAAAGAGCGCUCCCAAAUGGUGGAAACCUAAAUUAGCAUAUUUAAUUGAAUGAACCAACGUGGAAAACUACUCGCGGCCCGCGGCGAAAGAUAUUUGAAUGCUCCGUUCGGAGAUGAAAACAAGGCACACGCGCAUCAAAUUGCGCGGCGAUGCGAGAGCCAAAGGCCAUAUAAUAAAUAAUAAUGUUUGAUUAAUUUCACGGCUGAUAAAAGUGGUCGGACACCCUCGCUCACUCGCUCGCCUUUAUCGCUCCACUCCAGCUUUUCUCCGUGUUGAAUUUGAGUUUUCACCAGAAAUAGCGAAAACGAAAUUCGAAUAUUUCGAGAGCGAAAGUGAGCAUGUGGAGCCCAAAUGUUGUCACUUAUUCCUCGCCAGAAAUUUCAGUACAAUUCACACAUUUGCUGGCAUGGAUGGAUUAUGUGGGUCAAUGUCUUUUCGCUGGCGGCAGAUGACAGGCGAGCAAUAGUAUGCAAAAACGACAAUUACUGAAAGAAAUGGCAGCUGCGAAGUGGACGAGGCGCAGAGAAAAAAUUAAUAAAUAAAUAUCUGUUUUAUUUAUGAACAUUUUGUUGGCGAAAAAUAAUUGCGCCGUUGCGUCAGCCAUUUGAAAUGAUUGCGCGUCGACGAAAAUAACCUGGCCAAGCAAUCGCACAUACCAAAAAUGGCCAACGCAGCGCGGACUGUCUUCUAAAAUAAUUAAAAGAAACCAUAAAUGCACAGAGAAUUGUUAAUGCGACCAUGAAAUGACUUUGGGAACCGCGAUAGGAGCGCGGUUCAACGAUCCAUCGAUUUCCGAUAGCCACCACCAAGAACGCAAGAACCCAAGAACCCAGGCAUCCAAAACCCAGAACCCGAAACCCAGAUAGAAAG